GGCCGCCGCCCUCGCCGCCCCCUGCAUGCCCGGCGCCCGGGUCGCGGCCCACCUGGACGCGCUGGGCCCCCUGGUCCCCUACGUGCCGCCGUCUCUGCUGCCCUCUAUGUUCUACGUGGGCCUGUUUUUCGUCAAUGUGCUGAUCCUAUACUACGCCUUCCUCAUGGAAUACAUUGUCCUCAACGUGGGCCUCGUCUUCCUGCCCGAGGACAUGGACCAGGCGCUCGUGGACCUCGGAGUGCUCUCCGACCCCGGCUCGGGCCUCUACGAUGCCGACUCGGAGCUCGAUGUCUUCGAUGGUUACUUGGAGUAGGCUUGGCUACCGUCCUCCCCUCCCCGCAACGACCCGCACCCCUCGGCCUGGACCAGCCGCCCAAAUCAUGCCGCCGCUGCUGGUUGGGGGCAUCGUCGGGCCAGGGAUGGGAUCCCCAGGACGAAGCCGCCUCCGGCCUCCAAGACCUGCCUGCUUCCCCCAGAAGCUCCAUGCCAACAGAGAGGUUUCCGUCCGGACCCAGGAGGGUGGGGCGGAGAGAUUGAGACUGAGAGCGGAGGCCCAGAAGGCCUUUGCCCCUGCCCAAGGGGAAAGGCAGGGGCAUCCGAAGACCUCCCCCGCCCGCAGCGCCACACACACGGCCUUGCCUUGGCUUUUGACCUUUCGCAGUUGCGAUGGAUGUUUACAAGAACCCAGCCAGAGUCUGCCUCCCUGCUCUUCAUUCCCGACUGCACCUGCUUCUCCCACUUAAUCUUCCGAGAGGAUACUUCAAACUGCGGACACACACGGAAGCCACUCCCAGCUCCAUCUGAUGCCACUGGAGCCCCCAGCCCGGCUGGGUUGGGCCCAAGGCUGGUCUUAGAUGCAGUGACUAUUUCAGGGAGUAAGUCAGAAGGAAAAGAAGCCACAGAUCGUGUCAGGGGCCGAGGGUCAGGUGUGACUUACUCAUU